AUGGCGUCCUCGCGCGCAUCUUCACCCGCGGCAGACGCCCGCUCGCCCUCGCCAGAGCUGUUGACGCCAGAGCUGUUGACGCCGCGCUCGAAAAUAAAGGCGCUGCUCGCCACGGUGGAAAGCAGCGACGACGAGCAAGAUGCAGUGGUUUCGAACAAGAACCGCCGUAAACAGUCAUUCGUCGCCGGCCCCCGAAACCGGCCAGACGAAGAAUCUGACGAGUCCGACGUGACGAUACGACCCAGAGGCAAGCUCGCUUCUCGAAUGCAAGGCGCCGCUCGAGAACGCGCCGAAAACACGCUCGACGAUGAAGAAUCCGACGCGACGCAGCGACAAACGCGUAAAAACGCCGAUGCAGAUCGAGGCGAAGACAGUGACGACGACGACGACCUUCCGGUGGCCCCUCGACGCCUGAAAAGAUGCUCCUCCGAGUUGAAAAUACCUGCAGACCCGGAGCAUCCUGCACGCGAGCCUAGUCCUGGCCUCUUUGUCUCCUCACCGUUGCGUCCGUCUCCUGCCAAUAACAAUGACAGAAACGACUCCGAGUCAGAUCAAGAACUUCCCGCCCUCAAGUCGGAUCGCUUCAAGGCUCUGGUGGAGCGAAAAAGGCAGGAACGACUGGCCCGCGAGGCAUCUGAAGAGGCUCGCAAAGCCGAGCAACGGGCACGACAGGAGAAGCUUGCCUUUGAGCUCGACCGGCUAGGCUCAGACGACGGCGCCGAUUCCGGAAUCACAGAUGAUGAAGGCGGGCGGAGGCUCACCCAAAAGGCUCGUCCAACGCGCAAGGCGAGCAAAAAGGCCGUCGAGGAAAUGAACCGCGAGACGCAGCGCAUGGCACGAAACAUGCAGCUCGCACACGAGGCCAAGACGAGGAAGAAAAUCUCAAAGGCGAGCCUGUUUGAGAGGUUCAACUUUAGACCUGCCGGCGGUUCGCAUCCAGAGCCCAAAACGCACAGCUCAAGCCGACCGACUACGCCCCAGUCCGACGUGGAAUGGAAGGACGCCGACACGCCGCCGAGCUCGCCACCAGUAGUCGCGGAACAGGAACUGCCCAGGCUCCAGGUCAACCAGGAUGCCGACGCGCAAAACGCCGGAGACGACGAGCUGCCGUCCUUGGAUCAAGUCAUGGACUUGGCCGUGCAGUCGCCGCCCAAGGAUAAAGGCAAAGCCAUCGCUAUCGAUGUACAAGACACGAGCAAGAAAACGCCCAAGCCCAAACGCCGCGUACGCGUUCGGCUGCCGGCAGCGACCUUGAAAGCCUCAACGCUCGACUCUGAUGAUGAACUCGAGGUCAAGUGCACGACAAAGGACAAGGUCGAUGCCGUCUUCAACAGGAUCCCUGCGCAGGGUGACAAAGAGUCGCGCUCUCUGAGAGCCCUACGAGCCCUGGCACUAGUCAGGUCUCCAGGGAAACAAGGCCGUCAGAAGCAAGCCAAUUCCUCCAUGACAGCCGCGGAGCUCCAAGCCCAGUUGUAUCAGAGGGCCAGACAACAGGCCAGGCUCGAGCGAGACCGGCGCUUGGAGAUGCUCAAAGCACAAGGAGUCGUGAUCCAGACGGCUGACGAGCCAAGGGAGGAGGCCCAGAAAAUCAUGCAACAGGAGCGGGCUGCUGCCAAGAAAGAAAAGGAGGAGGGCGGCAGCGUCGACCCUCUAGCUUGGGACGACAGCGAGGACGACGAGUAUGCCGAAGCGGCAGAUGAGGCUGAUGGCGAAGCGUCUGCGAUUGAGCUCUCUGACUCUGACACCAAUUCUGAAGAAGAGGGGGAGGAGAGUGAUGAGCCCGGCAAUGGCACGGUCUCAGAGCAUGAUGAGGACCCCGACCAGCUGCCUGUUGCAAAGCAGAGGCGAACUCGCAAGCACACCACCAUCUUAUCCGACGACGAAGCCGACAUUGAAGCCACGCCCAAGCCCAAGCCAAAGGCGGCCCAAACAACCCCGGCAGAAGCUAGGACAGCAUUUCCCGCUGUGCCGACCUCUGGGCCCGCUGGUCUCGGCCUGACGCAAAUCUUCGCAGGGACCAUGGACGACAGCCAAAUCGGCGGACCGACGCAAUCGAUGAUGCCCGACUUUGACCAAUUCCUUGACUCCAACUUUACAGCAACUGCGGAAGAGCCCGCGGAAGAAAUGAUCAUGGACACCCAGAGGGAAGAGACUCCCACGGCGACACAAGGUACGCAAGGCAUUCACUUGAACUUGACGCAGUCUCAGAUGCGGGGGCUCGACAGCCUGCUUCCCAACAGCUUGCAUACGCAAGUGUCCGAGUCCAUGGAGCCCUCUCAAGACGCCGGACUGCAAGAGCAAACGCCUCUCAGGGAACGAUUCGUCGAGCCUCCGUUCUCGACGGUGGAGACGAUCCCGGCCGACCAGCAGGGCGAUGAGUUUGUUCAUGACUCCCCACUCGUUCGCAGAGGGAGACUGCGCCGGAAAAUGGACAUGGCUGCAGUCGGGGAAGAAGAAACCCAGGCCACUCAAGUCAAUGCUUUUAGAGUCUUGGCCGAAGGCGCCAAGGAAAGGAAGCAUCCCGAGGACGAAUUUGACCGAAAGAAAACCAAGGCCAAGGAUAUGGUGGAGGACCAAGCCGAAGAGUCCGAGGACGAGUACGCCGGUCUGGGCGGUGCUGACGGCGAAGGGAGCGACAACGAGUCCACUGGGUCGCUGGAGGAAAUCAUUGACGAUGCAAAGGGCAACGAUGUUGACGAGGGCGAGCUGGCUGCCUUUUACGCUGAUCGCGAGCGAGCCAAUGACGAGAUGGAGGUGGAGAAGCUCUUCAAAGACAUCACGACGGGCAUGCUGCGGCGCAAGCGCGGUGCCGACUACGACCUCUCGGACUCGGACGACGGUGGCGAGGCUCGUCGGCGGAUGAAACGUCGGCAAUUUUCCAAGAUGCAAAAGGCGCUAUACACGGACGAGCGCGUCAAGAAGAUGGCAGAGAACCCCGGAAACCAGGCGUUCCUCCGCACCAUUGAAGAUCGCGGCAGUGAGGACGAGAUGGAUCUGCUCGACAUGGCCGACGCGCCAGAGGAGGCUGACACGCAGUCGCAACCCCAGGGAGAAGGCGGCGGCGGCGGCGACACAGAAGCGCGCCAGGGGCAGAAGACGAUCCCCGACAGCCAGCCGGGGAAGCAGCCGCUGGGAGCCUCGGAGCAGGGCAGGGCGCCGGGGCACAUGAGGCGGACGGCGGGCGGGAAGAAGCCGUCCAACAUUGGCCAAAUCCGCGACACGCUGUCUGACCUGCUGGAGGAGCGGCAGGGGUCCGUCAUCCCGGCGACCGAGGCAGGCUCGGAGAGCGAGGACGAGGGUGACGAUGAACAUGACGACCGCGGAGCGUCUCGGCGCAGCAACAAGGAGAACCAGGCGCCGAGUGCCCCGCGGCGCGGCGUAGCCGUCGUCGACCGCAUCAGCCUCAAGCGAAACAGCUCAUGCAUGUCGUCGACGUCAAGCACGCGCCUCGCCUUUGCCGCCCACGCCUCGGCAUCGUCGUCGUCGUUCAAGGUCCCCGCCCUCCUGCGCCGCGCAACGACCAACUCGACGCGCAUGUCGGGCUCGGCCUCGACCGCUGCCUCCUCGACCACCGCCACCACGGGCGCCGGCGGCUUCGGCGACGACGGCAAGAUCAAAAAGGGCGCGGGCAAGCAGAGCGGCGUCGUCAGCGGCGGCCUUGGCGCGCCGCGCCAUGGCGAGGGGCGCGAGCCCAUGGCGCAGGCCGGCGCGCGGCGGCGCGAGGAGAGGAAGGCGAGGGGCGCGGUGAGCAGGGUUGGUGUCGUGGGCGGGCUUUUGGCGAGGGGGUCGUUUGAGUAG